AUGACUGUCUUCCAUGAAUGUGAUAUUCAAAUGCAUAUGUGCAAAAUAUUUGAUUUCAGGUGUAUUCGUGAACUUUGUUACUACCUUUAUGAUGACAGAGGAUAUGCAUCCUCAGAAUUUGUGAUGCGUCUAUUUGCAGACAAAAGAAGACUCUCUGGAGUAUAUCGUCAACCAAGAUAUGUCAAGUACUUGUGUUAUAAUAGAGAAUGA